AUGAUCAACAAUAUUUGGAACCAAUGGCAACGAAACCCAGUGACAAUCAGCCCAUCAGAGAAGAAAAUCAUCAUGACAAUUCCAUUUCCGACUGUAACCAUUUGCCCAGAAAUACCGACAACAACAUUCGAAUUUGAUAUAUCGGCGACACUAAAACAUCUACCAAAUCUCAAUGAUAGAAAUACAGAGAUCAAUAUAUUGAGUGCAUUUGCGCAUGUUUGCCCACGUCUACCGGAAUUGAUUGAUUUCAAGGACAAUUUCACGAAUGAAAGCAUAUACCAGAUAUUUCGAAUGACUGAGGAGAAAUUUGAGAGACAGUUGUCACAAUGUUCGUGGCUUGAACAAGUUAGGGAUGGAAGUGAUUGUGGUCAGUAUGUGGCACCCGUUUUCACCGACAACGGCAUUUGUCUCACCUUCAAUGCUCUCAACUCAUAUGAUACAUACACGGAUCAAAUCGCCCCGGAAAUGAUUACCUUAAAAAGCAAACCAAAUGUUUCUUACUGGAGUUUAGAUGGUGGAUACACAGAUAAAUCGAUAAUGAUUCAUGAUCCAUACCCAAUGCGCACUGGUAUCGCAUCUUCAGGCCAGAGUUUUGCUUUGAAAUUAUCAGUGUCACAAUACGAGUUCGAAUAUAAAUGUAGUGGCAUCUAUCAAGGGUUCAAAGUGAUUUUGACAACACCUGGCGAAGCAUUGAAAAUGUCGCAAAAUUCCUUUCGAGUUCCUCUUUCAGAAAAGACCAUGGUUACGAUCAAUCCGAAAUUGAUCACCACAUCAGAGGGUUUGCGUAGCUACGAGCCGAAUCAACGGCAAUGUUUCUAUCAACAUGAGCGCCAACUGCGUUUCUUCAAAUUGUAUACCCAGGAGAUAAAAAUACAAAAAUCUGUGGCGCAGCAAAAAUCAAGUGUUACAAUGGAAUUGAAAGUAAGUUUUGGUCAAGCGAGAGCAUCAAAGCGUUUCGUGACAAAUGCAAUUGUUUGCCAGGAUGUACUUCGAUUCAAUACAAUGCUGAGAUCGAUCGAUACAAGAUAG